AAGAAAAUGGAAGCAUGUGCGAAGUGCCAACUGCCAAAGAAGUAGACGGAAACUCCGAGAGACGAACUCAAAAUGACAAAUUUACCCUCCAAAAUCUGCGAAAUUUUGUCACCGCUUCCUUCAUAAGCACACCAUACUCGCAUUGACGAUUGGAACUUCAACAGCCACCGAAUCCAAACAUGGAAGGCCGAGGGAACGUCACGGCGGCGCCGCCGGCGGAGGAGAAGGUCUUCAGGUCCACGGAAGUGUUCGCGCCGGAGUCGUCUUCGAAAUCGAAGGGCUUCAAAAUGACGCUGGCGCUUGCGUUGUGGCUUGGAGCUAUUCACUUCAACGGCGCUUUGAUGCUCUUUGCUCUUCUCUUUCUACCUCUCUCCAAAGCUCUCUUGGUUUUUGCUUUGCUGUUUGUGUUCAUGGUGAUUCCAAUUGAUGAAAAGAGCAAAUUCGGACGAAAAUUGUCCAGGUACAUAUGCAAAAAUGCUUGCAGUUAUUUUCCUAUCACGCUUCAUGUUGAAGACAUAAAGGCCUUCAAUUCUAAUCGUGCUUAUGUUUUUGGUUUUGAACCACAUUCGGUUUUGCCAAUUGGUGUUGUUGCGCUUGCCGACAACACAGGGUUUAUGCCUCUUCCAAAGAUAAAGGUUCUUGCUAGCAGUGCGGUAUUCUAUACACCAUUUUUGAGACACAUAUGGACAUGGUUGGGUCUUACACCAGCAACAAAGAAAAACUUCCUCUCCCUCUUGGAUAAUGGCUACAGUUGCAUUUUAAUACCUGGUGGAGUGCAAGAAACAUUUCUCAUGGAGCAUGGUACUGAGACUGCCUAUCUCAAGGCAAGAAAAGGAUUUAUCCGCAUAGCCAUGCAGAAGGGCCAACCCCUUGUUCCGGUUUUCUGUUUUGGACAGUCAGAUAUCUAUAAGUGGUGGAAACCUGGUGGGAAGUUAAUUCUGAAUUUUGCAAGGGCUAUCAAGUUCACCCCCAUAUACUUUUGGGGAAUUUUCGGAUCUCCAAUACCAUUCAAGCAUCCAAUGUAUGUUGUUGUGGGUAGACCGAUUGAGCUUGACAAAAAUCCAGAACCAACAACAGAAGAGGUUGCUACGGUGCAUAGUCAGUUUGUUGCAUCACUUCAAGAUCUUUUUGAACGGUACAAAGCUCGUGCUGGAUAUCCAAACCUUGAGUUGAGAAUUGUCUGAUGAUUAGUCCAAUAUUCUGGGGAAUUACACCAAUCUUUCUUAGAGUUUAUGCUUAUUACACUUUGACAUUCUUCUUGGUUGAAGGAUUACAUGUGCAUUCCUUAUUUUAUAUAUUGAUAUUGUACAUGGCACCCUUCCUUGUUUUAAGAAUAACGCUUCUCUUAUCUAUUGUAAAUAACAAACUUAAUCUGACGCAUAUUUUCAAAUAAGGAAGGUGUUGAGUGUAGUAAUUAUUAAACUUAAGUGGAGGUUUCUUAUUUUUA